AUGGCUGUCCGCCUCGCUCGCCAACGAGGUUUACUAUCCUCUCUCAUUUGUCCACCCAGUCUUUCGACUGCUGCAUCACUACGUAGCUAUAGUACCGACCUUCCGGAGAAAGAAGAAUCUAAGGAAGAGAAAAGUCAAUCCCUUACCGAGACUGAGUCUAAAGAGGUAGUUGCAGCUGAUGUUGUUUCUGGAACACCCGAACGUUUAAAAUUUAGAACUGUAAGGAUUUUCAAACCGACGAGGACAGCGAUGCAGUCCGGUACCCAUAAUACCAAACAAUGGAGAAUUGAUUUUGAUAUUCUGGAAGGCGGUGGAAGAUGGGAGAACCCUUUGAUGGGAUGGAUGAGCAGUGCUGAUCCCGUGCAAGCGAUUCAAAUGAAAUUUGCAACCAAGGAAGAUGCAAUUUUCUUUGCCGAGAAACAAGGAUGGGAUUAUUAUGUACAAGAACAACCCAAAGAGAAAUUUGUAAAGAAAAUGUAUGCCGAUAACUACAAAUAUUCUCCAGGAAAAUUACGAAUAAUAAAGACGAAAUAA